AUGCCAGGCUGGCACAGUUAUAUAUUCCUGAUCCCUCUCAUGAUCAUAGCUAUAUUUUUAAUCAUCGGCAAGGGUUUCUUUAAACAUAUUCGAGUAGUGGGCCGCAAUGGAUCGUUGCGUUAUGAACCCACAGAACUGAACCUCACCCAAAUGCGAAAUCUUGCUGGUCUUUCGGAUCUGAAUAACCUGCGCGAAAUUGUGAGAAAGAUAUCGGUGAAGAGGGUGGUCGGCACUCCAGAACAUUCUGCGGUGAGGAAUUACAUAAUGGAAUACCUAAUGGAGCUGAACUGGACGGUACAACUGGAUAUUUUUACGGAGAAGGUGCCGAUUUUUGGAUACGUGUCUUUUGAAAAUAUCGUGGCCCGACAAAAUCCGAGUGCAAAAAGAUACCUAAUGCUGGGCUGCCAUUAUGAUAGCAAGUAUUUCAAAGACUCUGUUUUUGAGGCCGCCACGAAUUCAGCAGUUUCUUGUGCAAUGAUGCUAAAUAUGGCCAAAAUAUUGAAGGACCAGUUUUCUCGAUCUGAGAUCAGUUUAAUGUUUGUCUUCUUCGAUGGAAAGGAGGCAUUUAAAGACUGGUCGGUAAAGGAUUCACUUUAUGGUUCCCGGCAUUUGGCAGACCUCUGGGAGAAAAAAGGCUUCCUCGAUCGGAUUGAUCUCUUUUUGCUGUUGGAUUUAAUCGGGGUUAGGAACAUAAAAUUCAAAAACAACAUUCUGUACACUUCCAGUUGGUUCCACAGAUUCGUGCAGAUUGAACAGCAACUCACAAAGGCGGAAUUACUGCAACUAGAACAUCCUAUCCAGCAGGAUGUAGAUGAUGAUCAUUCACCGUUUUUACAACACAAUGUGCCAGUGAUUCAUCUAAUAGCUGCGGAAUAUCCAGCAAAUGCCAUAUUUGCCGAAGAUGUGGAGCAGAAUGUGGAUUACGAAAUCACUCUGAAAGUGGAUAUUAUUCUACGAAUGUUUGUAAUGGAAUACCUCAACUCAGCUCCUUCUUCAUCCAUCGGUUUGACACAUGCCAUUCACUAGUAUUUGUUUCGAAAUGAUUGUUGUAAAAUUUAAUAAAAAUCAAACAUUCGAAUGCA